AAGAUGAGGGAUUUCGCGUUGUCGACUUCUUCGACUGGUGGUGGGCGGCCAACAAGUCGUUUACAACUCCACCGAGACAACAGAAGGAGCCCAACAUCUACCGAAAAGAGGUCGUCUAGCCGGACUAGAGCUGGUCUGCGACCAGAAAGCACAGAAGCGCUGUUCCGGAACACGAACAGAAAAGAGAACGCAAGAGCAGUCAUACUGCCGAUGAACAAGCCGACGAGGGUGCAUCUGUUCAACCAGCAUCAAGGCGCGAAUACAACGAGUGGAGGAAGCAAAUCGAGCAAUGUGAUUCCACCUGGGAUGGGGGACCCGUUGCCGGGGAGAAGUAAGGCGGCAGGGUAAAAAUAUUUCUCCUCUAACAACAGUUGGUAUGGUGAGGGGAAGCCCUUAUUUCUCAAGCUUCUUCUUGUCAUGAUUAUCAUUUGCUUCAUCAAUAGUACCAUGAUGAUCAUAAGUAAUCAUUAUCAUAUCAGUGUGUGCGUUUAAGAUUAGUACUUAUUUCUAACUGCGAGGUUAGUGAAGUUAAAUAACCUACAAUCUAGCUCAUACUCCAUCAUUAUCAUAUCAUACUUCUUGAUGUUUUCAGGCCUUCCUCUCGUCCACCCUUUCGGCCUGGU